AUGCAGCACACAAAAACGGAAGUCCAAUCUUCAUUAGCAACCGGCAAGCGAACUACAAGUAAUCCACUUUCCGAUGUUCUUUCAUCAAAUUCACGGAAACGUUCAUCUCAAUCGCCGCCGGAUAGUCCAACAGAUUAUGACUCUCCGGGAAGUACUAACCUUUCACUUCCCGCUCCACCACUACUAAGACCAGUGGCUCCUAGAUCUCCAACAAGGGCAGGUAAUCGAACUUCAUGUGUAUCCCUUAUGUUUCUUUUAUCCUCUGACAACCUUUAUCAAUUUAGCAUGGUUAAUGAUCCUCAGUCAAACGAUUUAAUCAUUUGGUCUGAGGCCGGUAAUUCUUUCCUUGUGAAGAGACCUCAAGACUUUGCAAAAGAAGUUCUUCCACGAUUCUUCAAACAUAACAACUUUAGCAGUUUUGUGAGACAGUUGAAUAUGUAUGGGUUUCAUAAAAUUCCACAUCUUCAACAGGGUGUACUCCAAUCAGACGGACAGUCCGAACAGUGGGAAUUCAGCAAUACGAAUUUCAUUCGUAAUCAACCGGAUCUCUUAUAUUAUGUUACUCGUAAGAAAGGGAAAGAUACUGAAAAUAUUAAAGAGCCAAAUGAACUUGAUCUAAAUCAUAUAUUGAAUGAAAUUGCUUCCGUUAAGAAACAUCAACUGACUAUAAGUGCAGAUUUAAAGAAUAUUCAGAGGGAUAAUCAAAUUCUAUGGCAGGAGACUAUGUCAGCGCGUGAGAGGCAUCGGCGCCAACAAGAAACCAUUGAUAAAAUCUUACGGUUUCUUGCUUCAGUGUUUUCUGCUGAUAAAACGAGAGCCAUUAUACCAAAGAAACGAAGAUUAUUACUUGGUAAUGCUGAUACGGACUAUGGUAAUCAAGAUGUUGUAGGAUCAUCAGAGCAAAGAAAUACUUGGACCGCUGGUAAUGAUGGGCAAACAACCGCUUCUCCCAACUCUUCUCCUAAUGAAGCCGAUGCUUCAUGUUUGGUAUUAGAUAUUAAUAAUCCUGCGGCUUUAUCACUUUUAGCUUCUUUAGCGAUCAAUGAUCCAUCAUCUGCAAAUAUGUCACAGUUUGAUAUUUUAAAUUGUUUACCAUCAUUGUCUUCUGAUGGAAUUAAUACCGAUUUCUUAAAUUCAGCUACAACCCACUUUUCUAAUUUGCUCCAAUCUGACCAAAUUUUGAAUCAAAUAUCGCAAAGUGACCCUUCAUUGCUCCCACCACCAUCAACUUCCAUUCCUAAUAAUACUCUCGCUAAUACAUCAAUAGCAUCAGAUUCCAUCAAAAAUGCCCCUGUACCAAUUAAUGGAAGCAUUAGUGAACUCGAAACUCGUAUCAGUGCAGUUGAAUCAAACGUCGACUAUCUGACUUCCUUAACUUCUCAAUUAGGGUUUGAUCCUGAUGAACAUGAAGAGAUUACUUUAGAAGGAAGUGCUGCCACCGAGAAUGAUUUUUUGACAUAUUAUGGUGCGAAUUUUAAUCCUACGGAACAUGAUCAUCAAAUGUUAUUUAAUCUUAUGGGAAGCACCCAUGGUGUCGAUUCAUCCUCUUCCUCUCAUGCUUCAAAUCAAUAUUUAUUAUCUGAAAAUAAAGUUUCUUCUAAUAACGUUAAUACCAGCACACCUUCAACAACUGGAACAACCAAAGCAAGUGUUUCUACCGCACCCGCAGUAGAAUCAACUACCACGAUGACUCAGUACGUCCCGCCUAUUCUAUUCCCUCAACAAUAUCUUAAUCAAAGGACAUAUUUAGAUGAUCAAGUUGACGAGUUUGCUGAUCGAGCUUCAAAGAGAAUGAAAGUUACUGUGGAAGGAAAAGAUGAAGACAAUGAAUUAAUCAUUGAUGAUUUAUUAGCUAAUUUAGAUGAUGAUGAUAAUCCUUUAUUGAAUUAUCAUGAGUAA